AUGAAAGAAAUAAAAGAUGAAGAAAUUUUUGGUCCAGUUAUUGCAUUUGUUUAUGUAAUAGAGUUUCAAAAGCGUGGAUUGCCUCAUGUGCAUUUCAUUACAUUUUUAAGUGAAAAGAUCCGUGAUACUGAAACUGUAGAUAAAAUAAUAUGUGCAGAAAUACCAGAUGAAAUAAAGAAUCCUGAGCUAUUUAAUAUUGUAAAGCAGUUUCAAGUCCAUGGGCCUUGUGGUAAUCAAAAUAUAAAUUCACCUUGCAUGGACUCUGAAAAAAAAAUUUGUACGAAAUAUUAUCCGAAGCCAUUUUGUUCAGAAACAUCUUAUCACUCUAAGAAUUAUCCAGAAUAUAGAAGAAGAAAAGAUGGUAAGCAAAUUAUCUUUUAUAAUAAAGAUGGAUCAAUUAAGUGUAUUGCAGAUAAUUCAAUGAUUGUACCUUACAAUCCAUAUUUAAGUAAAAAAUUUGAAUGUCACAUAACUGUUAUGGUAUGUAGUAGUACAGGUGGCAUUAAAUAUUUAUUUAAAUAUUGCUAUAAGGGCCAUGACUGUGCAUUUAUUGUUUACAAGGAUGAUAAUCAAGAAAUGCAAUAUGAUGAAAUUCAAUAUUAUUUAAAUACACGAUAUGUAUGUCCACCAGAAGCAAUGCAUAGAUUAUACGAAUUUCCUAUGCAUGAACAAUCACAUGCAACAUACAGAUUAGCUGUACAUUUACCUAAUCAACAAUCAAUAUGUUUUCAAGAAGGAUUAGAGGAAGAAGCCGUUAACAAAUUCAAAAACACGACAUUGACGGCAUGGUUUAAAUUGAAUGCAGAAGAUUCCGAGGCGCGCAAAUAUUUAUAUACAGAAAUACCUCAUAACUAUGUUUUUGUUGAAUCUUCAAAAACUUGGAAAGUAAGACAACGAAUAACUAAAAUCUUAAUUUGUCGAAUGUAUUUUGUUAGUCCAAAAGAUAUUGAAAGGUAUUUUCUAAGACUUUUACUACUUUAUGUACGUGGUGCUAAGUCAUUUGAAGAUAUAAAAACUUAUGAAGGUAUUACAUACAACACUUUUACAGAAGCUGCACGUGCGAGAAAUUUAAUGGUAGACGAUAACGAAUGGAACAAUUGUUUGACUGAAGCUGUGAGUAUGAAGUUUCCUAAAGAACUUUGUCGUUUAUUAGCAUACAUAUGUGUAUUUGGAUCGCCUGUUAAUGCUAUUGAUUUAUGGAAUAAAUACAAAGAAGAUAUGAUUUUUGAGAAUGAUUUACCUGUGGAAGUAUCGAUUCAAAAAUCAUUAAUUCUAAUUAAUGAAGUAUUUAGUUUUCAUGGAUUUUCGCUCCAUCAAUUUGGUUUGCCACAUAUUAAUCAGAAAGUUUUUGAUGAUUAUAAUUCAGUAAGUAAGGAAAAUAGUGCUUUAGAAUUACAAUUACUUAAAAUAAAGUCUGAUUGUCUUAUUAAAAGUUUGAAUGAUGACCAACGUAAUGUUUUCAAUGAUAUUAUGAUGGCAGUACAUAAUGAUAAUUGUAGUAAUAGAUAUAUUUAUCUCGAUGGACCUGGAGGAAGUGGUAAAAGUUAUUUACAUAAUACAAUAAUUACAACUGUAGAGAGUGAAGGAUUGGUGGUUUUAUCAGUAGCAUGGACUGGUAUAGCUGCGAAUCUUUUAAAAGGUGGACGAACGGCACAUUCUAUGUUUAAAUUUCCUAUACCAAUUAAUGAAGAUUCAACAUGUAAUAUAAGUGGGAUGUCAAAACACAGUGAACUUUUAAGAAGUGCUAAAAUCAUUAUUUGGGACGAAAUUACAAUGGCACCUAAAUAUGCUUUACAAGCAAUGGAAGUUAUGUUGAGGGAUAUUACGAAAUGUAAGAAACCGUUUGGAGGUAAAGUUAUUUUGCUUUCAGGAGAUUUUAGGCAAAUUUUGCCAAUUGUUCCACACGGUAGUCGGACUCAUAUUGUUGAAGUAUGUGUGAAAAAUAGUAAAUUGUGGCAUCUUUUUCAAACUAGGUCGUUACACGUUAAUGUUAGAUUAAAUAAUAAUCAGAUAAACUUUUCAAACUGGUUAUUAAAUGUCGGCGAUGGUAAACAUCAAAGUACAUUUGAAAAGAAAAAUAACGUUUUAGAAAUUCCACAAGAUUUGAUUUCGAAUGGAAAUUUAAUUGAAGAAAUAUAUGGUUCAUCAAUAAGUCGAAAUGAUGUAUCUGCUUAUUCUUCUUGCAUUCUUUCAUUAACAAAUUCUGAGGUAUUAGAUAUGAAUGAUCGUAUUUUGUCAAAUUCAGAAGGAAAUGAAGUUGUUUAUUACAGUAUAGAUUCACAUGUAGACGAGGAUCAGAAAGACAUCAAUAACAUUGUUCCAGUGGAAGUUUUAAAUAGUUUAACACCAGAUGGUUUACCACCUCAUAGAUUAUCAUUAAAGGAGGGAUGUAUAAUUAUGCUUUUAAGGAAUAUGAAUUUGGUUAAAGGAUUAUGUAAUGGUACCCGAUUAGUUGUCAAAUCUUUAUUAAGAAAUGUUAUUUCUGCAGAAAUUAUUGUUGGAAAAUCUAAAGCAUUCGCCAGCAUAGGAGCAAAAUUAGAAAUUCCUAAAGGAAAUGGGCCUUAUAUUUAUCGUGUACAUGGACAAGUGUAUCAUAAUACAUAUGCCCUUCAUCCCGAUGGUGAUGACAAUCGAAAAUAUGGUCAGUUGUACAUUAUUGACACUAAUGAAGCAGUACUUGAACGAUUAAAGAAUAAAUCUAAUAAGAAAUGUUUAUCAUCAUUAAUGGAAGAAAUAGAUAAAUUAUUAAGGGAAAUUAAUCCUUAUGCUAAAGCUUUUAAAAUGAUGAGAGAGGUAGAAUUAGAAGAAGAAGCACUAGCAAAAUCUAAAAAUGAGCCUAUAAGGAAUAUUCAAAUGUGGAUUAAACGAGAUAGAUCAUUGAAUCAAAGCAAAUUUAAUGUUCCAUCUUGUAGUGAAGUAGCACUUGUAUUUGUUAGCGAAGAUGGUGAACCUCCUAUGGAACAAGAACUUUUAAUCAAUGUUUACAAUUAG